AUGACCUUGUCGCCAGUCCACGCCCAGGGCAAGAUGUCCACGGUCAGGAAGGCCUCUCCGCCUCAGUCUCAGCCUAGACUUGGACCUCGCGGAUACUCUUCGUCGUCAGGCCACCACCCAGUUGCUCAGCCUGUGCCGGUCAACCUUUUCCCGCCGGGGUUUGGCCUUGCGGCCAAACGCCACGAUUCGAGCCCCUUAAACGUCGCCUCGACGUCCGGCGAGACCGGCGACCCGGUCGGCCCCAGUUACCAGGACCCUCCGCGACAGGCCGUCGUCAACGCCACCUUGACGCCCGCUGUCACGCUGGCUACCAGCUCACCCGCUGCCGCCUGCUCCUCCUCCUCUUCCUCCUCCUCCUCCUCCUCAUCCUCCUCGUCGUCGUUCUACGCAAGCUACGCACAUCCCGACCGGGAGUUGACGCUUCCGCCAGCCUCGGCGCCCGUAUACGAUUUCGCGAUGGCCGCCGCUGCCGCCGCUGCCGUCAUGGCAACCUCUUCGGGCGGCCGGGCGGUGCGCGAAGAGCCCGAACUCGGUCCUGAGUUUGAGUCCGGGCUGGCCGAAGUUGGCACGAGAGCAUGCCAACACGGCUACCUCAUGAACACGGCAAUGGGAUUUCUCGCCUAUCCGACCACACCACCGUCGACGCCGACCCUAGCUCCAUCAGCGACGGCGCUGGCAAUGGCGGGUAGCCACAACGUCUACCGGUAUCCAGGCCAGGCCGGUGCUCCAGUCGCCUUCGCCUGCUCUCGGCUCACAAACCUCGGACAGACGAACCAAUCGCCAGGCGGCCUCGGUACGAGUCGAGGCAAGGCGAGAUGUCGACCCGGUCAGGGACAAACGAAGCGUUCCGUCACAGGUCGAUUUCGCAGACGUCUGAACAAUGCUGUGAAAGAGACGACUUCGGUUGCCGGGCGAGUCGGCUCUGAAGACGUCGACCAACGGGAAGAAGACGCCGGCUAUUCGGUCGUCAUGACAACCAAGCGUUACAAUGAUGGGUGUGGUGAGGAGGGCCAUGAUGAAGAGUACGAGGAGGACGAAGUGAGUGGUGAUAGCGUUUACGAUGAAGAGGAGGAAGAAGAAGAGGUGGAGGAGGUGGGGGAGGAGGGGGAGGAAGAAGAGGAGGAAGAGGAGGAAGAGGAGGAGGAAGAGGAAGAGGAGGAGGAUGAAGAGGUCGACUACAACAUGGAGCCGGACGUCAAGGUUGAAGAAAACGACCUCUUUGUGAAGAAAACCCUGAUCGCCGGCCAGACUCAGACCAUCGGCAGAAAAGAUGAUGAGACGGCUGCUGCUGUUGCUGUUGCAGGUGGUGGUGGUGGAGUAGGCAAGAGAGAAGAUGGCGAAGGGCCUGGUCGCCUGGGCGCCCGUGAAGAAGAGACAGGCUGGCUGGCCGACGGCUACAAUCACGGCACUGAUCAAGGCUCACCAGUCUCCGAGGCGACGACCGGUCGAUUGGCUGCCUCUCGAGACCACCAGAAAGUGCUACUAGCCCCUGCCUCGGCCGCCCCCUCGUCGACCCUCCUU